AAUGCGCGUACUCCUCCUGUGCUUGGGAUGCCUGUUGGCGAUCGUGGCGGCCGGAGACUACGACGAGCUAUUACAAACCGAUACCGAAGUGCUAUUGAAAGACGAGUCAAAGUGGAAGACGCUUUUCAACUGCCUAAUGGGCCGCGGCCCUUGUGAAGUGUAUGAGGAUAUAAAAGAUACGCUGCCUAAACUUGUCCUGAGCAAGUGCGGAGAAUGCACCCCUGAACAAAAGAAGAAAUUUGAAAAGACCAUGCAACAGUUUCUGGAGAGGUACCCCGAGGAUUUUAUCGCGCUAUCUAAUAAGUAUUUCCCUAAGCCUGAAUAAAUUAUUAUUAUAAGAGCGGUUUCACAUUGUCCGAUCCGAUAUCGGAUGACGUAUGGAGACCAAAAACUGCUACAAAACGCCCUAUAGUCCGUCGUCAAUUGGGCAUGCCAGUAUGGAGAGGUAUACAUUUUGAGGUAUUUGGUACGGGUAUUAUACACGUUCACCUGAGCUCAAAACGCCCGGUAGCCAGUUUGAACUCCGCGUCAGAUAGGGGGGAGAGGGGUCAAAGAACAGAGUUCCCGCCGCUCAGAAAAAAAAAAUCUGGCGGAUUAGUUUGGACAUUUGGGUCAAGUUAUCAGGUAACUAGAUGAUGCCUAAUUCAUUCGCCGUACCAGUUUUUUAGGGCUCCGUAGAAAAAUAUGACGCAAUCCUCAAAAUAAUAAACUUUUAGUAGUGACACAAUGCAAACAAACCCGUAUAGUUUUAUAUUUUUGUAUUAAACUUGGUGUAUAAACAAUACUGUCAGAAAGCCAAUGCAUAUUAUAAAAACAUUAACAUUAAAUAUGCAUUUAACCUUUUUAUGAUAUAAAAUAAAAUAUUGCACGUACCGACUUGAUUUUUGCGGGCGGCGCGCGGGCGUCAAGAAGCUGGGUACCACUGUGGACCCAAAGUCCUAUGGCUCUAGAAUUAAUAAGAAGUCGGUGCGUGAAAUCUUGCAGUUCCAUGUGCAAUUGUUUCAAACGUCAGCUCAAAUGUACUGAGUUAUGUAAUUGUAACUGUACGUCCGUGAUGGAUAAACUGUUGGUUCUUAACCUUAACUGUAUUAUUUAUUGUCAACACCUUUUUAUUGUACACAGUUAAUGUUAAUACAAUAAAUCUUAUCUUCUAUUAU